CGCCCCAUCGCAACCAAACGCGGCAAACACCUGACGCCUGCACGACCCCGCUGCUGUAGCAGCUGCUUUCCAAAAUGUCUCGAUUUCGAAACCGAGACAGGUCCAAUAGACCUGGCCGCGGUCAGAUUGAGCAUAAUGUGCUGGAAGGACUUCCCAUCAACCAGUAUAGGGAGAUCGAGGUUACUAUUGGUCCAAACGCUGCCGACAGCAAGCCUGUGGAUGUCAACGCGUGGCCUGAACUACCUAUGCCACGAGAUUCACAUAUGUUACCGGAGCACUCACAACAGUUGCUUCGUGCUGCGCGUUCUGGACGCACUAUCAAACCACCAGCCCCACCCGAGGAUGAUGAUAACGAGAUGAAAGAUGAGGAGACAGAGCACAAAGAAGUGCCAGUAGGGUUUACCAUCAAGAAGUAUGUUAAGGUUGCGCGGCACAACGAAGCGCCGGAACUCGAGUAUCUUGCAAAGAGACGGAAAGGUCUGCCAUCACAGUACAUCAACGGUCAGGUACAAGCUCCGUUGAGGGAAACCAAAGUCAAGAAACUCGACGCCGAAGGCAACGUGGCGGUUUACAAAGUCCUGGCACCAGAAGGGCAAGCUGUCGAGGGCGAGGUCGCCCCUACAGAUGCUGCUAUCGAGGUUGCACCAGUCAUCGCAGCGCCUGGCACAGUUGUUGAAGGAGUUGGUGUGGUGAACGCAGAGGGUAUAGUGGUAGCAAAUGAUAUCCUACAGCAAACACCACCGCGGAGAAGGCCGCCACCUCCCAAGAAGAAGAAACAGAAGCACAUCCCUCGUGCAGGGCCAGGCAGAGGUAGAAAGAGGGUUGACUUUGUCGAAGGUGCUGAGGGGCAAGGAACUCCAGCACCAGUCGCAGGCGGCGACAUACCUGCAAUCCGCGACUUGAAACAAGGAGAAGGGGGAUCGGUGGAGCCGUCUGAUCGUGAUACACCGAUGGGUGAGGCUGGAGAGGACGAUGAGUCUGGUGAGGAUGGAUCGGAAGACGAAGAGCAAGACCAGGAGGAUGGAACUCCUGCAACGCCGUCAAAGGCACCAAUUGCGCCUACCAGCGCUCCGGUUGUGGAGAUGACGGAUGCGCCUGAAAUCGCUGCUCCUAUAGAGUCGGCAAUCGUUACAGAAGCAUCUACGACUAUUCCGCUUGAGAAUCUCCAGCCUCCAGUAGAAGUGGAGCAACCCGCACCUACAUCGAUACCUGAGCCCACAGAGCCCACAGAGCCGACCGCUGUACGAGACCGAUCCAGUUCGCCAGACUUCCCACUAUCUGCAGUUAACCACAGCAGGCAAAACUCGAUAACCCGGCUGCCCACCUCAGCAACAUCGGUCGAACCGAUCGCGUCAGAGCCAGUAGCUUCUGAACCGAUUCCAGCCCCAGUCCCAUCUACAGAGACUGAAUCUGUACCUGCAAGUGUAGAUAUACCUGCAGGGGAACCUGCGGAAGCGUUUGUAUCCGUACCGGUACCAGAACCUACAAAGGCGCCAUCUCAAAAACAACCUUCUAUUCCGCCGUCAGAAUCUGAGCCCGAUCUGCUGGGCAGCUUGGAGGCAGAGCUGGACAAGGAGGCAUAGGAUUUCGUAAAGAGAAUGAGAAAUGAGCGCACUUUCUCGUUGAUAGGCAGCGGAAGUCUAAGCACGGACACACGGUCAAGUCGGAGUACGAGGAUAGGUUCCUGUGCGGCAAGCGAAGGAAGCCAGAGCAUGGACACGGGUUCAAGUCAAAGCACGACGGACAUGGACUUGGAGCUUUCGUCAGCGUUUUAUCGCUGGGCCAAGGAUACCUCCUUGGAAUGGAGUCUUGGAGUAUUGGAUGCACCGGAGGGCUUCUUGUAUAUUUCUGUACGAGUAGGCAAUUGUCUAG